AUGCUACAGGACGAGUCGAGAGAACAUGCGUCUUCUCUGUCAUUACGCCAGAGCUAUUCCACAGCCAUCAUCCGUCUGGUCAAUGGAUUGGUCGACCCUCUGCAGGUCGGCGUAUACGCCCGCUCUAUCGCGUCAAUCGCCGCUCAGCUCGGCCUACCCGGUUGGCUGGUCGAACUUCGACACGCGGCAACCCACGAAGAUCUUCCUAGCCUCGAGUUACUGAGGCAAGCCGCAGGAGAGUCAUUAGAUUGGCUAUUCCACAACUAUUUCAUGCCCACUCUGAAUCCAUUGACUGCGUCAACUCGUCGCCUUGCAGAACCUCGUCCCCUUGGACCACUCCUCGCACAAUACAAGUCACUGUCGAAAGUCACCUCAAGAGACACGACUCUGACGAAUCAGUAUCAAGCCGAAAUCCAGACCUGUCUCCGUGAGAUAGAGCGAUGGAUCUCUGAGGCGAAGAUCAGCGCGUCGAGCACAUUGGGUCUUGUGGACGGUGACGAAGAUGAUCGGGAAGCGCAGGCACUUGACCAGUUUUGCGUGGAGCUGCUUGCGCGAGGGGUUCUGGUACCUCUGUCGAAGAAGAAGCGCCUUCCACCCAAGGGUCAAGCCUUCCCACCAGCGGGUAUCGUCGCGAUCUGGACGCCGUUGCUUGACCACGUCCUACUGCACCACCCAUCCUUCCCCUCCGUCUUCAUGACAAGAGCCAUCCUCUCUCUUCUGCCUCGAACAACGGAGGAACAAGCGCAGGAAUUCGAUGCAAGGGGUGACAUCGACGCGGACGAACUCUCGUACCAACACUGCGUCUCAAGCUGGGUAGCUUGGUUUGCCCACUCCGAAAGCGAUGGUGCUUCUAGGUGGCGCGAGGAAGCGUUUAUCAUGCUGGCCAGCGGUCUGGCCCCAGGGAACGAGGAAGACAAAUCUCGAAAAGUGGCGCGCUCUUUAUUGGCUUCGCUUGGUGCAGACGACGAGCACCUUCUGUCGUUGGGAGAGCGCAUCCUGGCCGCGGCCAGACCCAGCGAUGACUCCCUACAAACCACGACGGAGCCGCGUUGGGGGAGCGAGGACAUGGAUAUCAUGGACGACAGACUGGCGGCCUUGCUUGCCCUUCCGGGGGCUGAUGCCAGUGCGCCGACUGAAGACGUCGAGAUGGAUGCUGUGACUGAAGCGCCCGAGGAUGGACGUUUGCCGCAGGGUUGGCGCAAGGCCAGCGCGAACUGGACCCCUUGUCCUAUCGGUGUAUAUGUAGCGGCGUAG